AUGUCUACAGCUGAACAAUAUAUCCAGACGGAAUAUCCCGUCAUAGAUCCCGAUCCCCACUUCACUCGGGUUAUCCGCUACAUGCGCGGUUCAGACCUUGCUGCAUGGGGUGGUUUGACUGUUGGAGGUCCUGCUAUUCUACUCGCAUUUGAGCGCAUUCGCCCUGCUGCUGGGCCAAAAGGGGUCAAUUUUGCAUUGGGUCUUGCCACAGCCAUGGGCUUCAUGGGCGGCUUUCUUUUCUCGUAUCAGAAAUCAAGUCUUCGCUUCUGGGGCUGGGAAGAGAAUACUCGUGAACAAGCUAUGGACCGUGAGGAGAUGGCUGCUCGUGCUGCUGCUGGUCUUCCUGCGUAUGGCGAGUCAAAGAUGAGCGAACAUGACCAGGCAGCAGCAGCUAGAGGCUCCAAGUAUGCCGCUCUCAAAUUUGCUUCAAUUCCGUGGUUCAACACUGCCAACCACAAAUAUCACCUUACCGAUACUAUGAACGCUACAAAGAGCGAGCAUUAGAGGAAAUAGACUGAAAAAUAAUAGAUUAAUUAAAUAAUAAUAAUAAUAAAAAAGACGAGCCACG